UUCAAAAUGGCAGUACAGUGCUGGUCAGAUGCUUUGAAAUCUGCAAAGAAAACUGCCCUAUUACAUGAUGGAAAAAGGAAAGUGCACUAUCUUUUUGUGGACGGAAAAGAAAUGGCAGAAGAGUAUGAUGUGAAAACAGAUGAGCUCAUUGUGCGGAAAUGGCGAAGAAAGAAUACUUUGGGAGCACUGGGGCAAUGGGAGAUUGAGGUAGGAGACCCAUCUACGAUGACCAUUUCGGAACCUCAUCUGAUAAUGGAGAGCAGCUCAAACCCUGUCUUAAUGCGUAAGGACACCAAGACCAGUUUUCAGUGGAGAGUGCGCAAUCUUCCCUAUCCCAAAGAGGUGUACAGCGUUUCUGUUGAGCCAGUGGAGCGAUGCUGCAUCAUUCGGACAACAAACAAGAAGUAUUAUAAGAAGUUCUCCAUUCCAGAUCUAGACAGGUGUCAGCUACCCCUGGAGAGCUCCGCUCUCACCUUCAGCCACGCCAACAACACUUUAAUCAUCAGUUACCAGAAGCCGAAACAGAUCUUAACCUUGGAGCAGGAUCUGCUGAGGGAGCUGAAAAAGAUGAAGGGCUCCGGCGAUGGGGAUGUUGACUGCAAAACACAAUGACCUGCAGGGGACAGGAAGACACGUACUUGACAUGACAAACUUCAUCUCAGCAGCUCACCUUGAAAUUACCUACAUCAUCGGUUUGCUGUUUUCCUUUCUUAUGACUGUACUGUUCUUCAAAUUCUUAUUUUUAAUAAACCAUGUUUACAGCAUUUCUAAUAUUUCUGAAAUUGUGGUGUGUAUGCUAUUGGUGUGUAAAAUAAGAACUCUUGGAUGAACAAUGCAAAAGUAUUUUGGCAUGCUGAAGGACUAACGGUGAACAUGUAACCCCUGUGAUGUACCUAUAAAUUGUUACAAAUGACAUUCUGAGAAGUUGAAGUUGAGUGGCAUUCCGCUUGCAGCUCCCGCAAGCACCAUGAGAAUGAUUUACAACACAGAUACUGGCCACCCACACUUUUAAGGAAUAACCUUUCCCCCCAAGAAUUCUAGCUUUAUUGUGCUCAUCCCUACAGACUUCAAAGGUCACCAUCAAGAAUUUUUUUAAAAGAAUUCAAAUGUGUUACCUCAUCCUGGUCUGUUUAAAUAGUGCCUUACUUAUCCUUACAGGUUUAAGU